ACCGCCACGAACCCCUCGCGAAUGUCAAAAUAACCUGUUCCCUGUGCGCUCGACUCACUGCGCCGGACUCGGUUCGUGAGCUCGCUCGGCACCGCCUGAACAGACAGCAACUCGGAGCAGAUUGUUCUACUAAAUCUGUGAGUCUGGUCAGUUACUGCUGAGAGCGUGCAGAGCAGAACAGCACAAGCAGAGAUGACCACGAUCGUGACCCCGCCGUCGCUCUCCUACUUUUGCAUCUUCAACCCAACCUUCUGCUACAGCGAUGAGACCCUCUUCGACCAGAUUUUCUUCUACGCGUCCCGAGCUGAGGCUGUUUCGGCUGACGAGCAAUUGCGGAAGGUCGGUUUGAUCCAGGGAAUCCUGUCUUUUGCCAGCGACUUUUCAAACAGAAAACCAGUCGAGAUCAUCGACACCCGCAAAACACGCACCGUCGUCGUCGAAAUCGAACCAAACUGGUGGAUGGCCCUCUGCGUCAACUUCACCCGCAUCCAAUCCCCCGUCUCACAAUCCUCCUCCGCCGCCGCCGCCAGCAAAUCCAACGGCAGCAACGGCACAAACAACAGCUCCUCCCGCAACGGCUCCGCAAGUAACAGCAACAAUACUUCUACCUCCGCCUCCAGCAAGACGAAAAACUCGAUAAAAACAACCGGCAAGAUCGUCGGCGGCGAGGUCAACUCUCCAGCCGGCGACAGUCCCGCGUCGCAGUCCCGCGUCUCGGCGCUCAGCUCGUUUCGGCGCAAGAAAAAGGUCGAGAUGAGAACUGAUUACUCGCGCAAGGAAGUUCCUGGGUGUAAUGUUCUGCAUUCGCAGCUCAUUCGCGGGUAUAAUCAGUGGAAAAUGCUCAAUGGGCGGUAUCCGGCGUCGUACGUCCGCGACGAGGCAAAGGAGAAAGCAAUGAAGGACAAGCGACGGAUGGCAGACGAGCGAAGGCGGAGAGAAGACGAAGCGCUCGAUCGGGGUGAAAGCGAGGAAGCAGCAGAGUCGCGGGACAAGUUCGACGAGCAACUACAGCAGCAGCUGCAAGCCGCCGACGACGCAGCCGAGCAGGCGCUCGACGAACUCGCAGAGUUCCGCAUGAACCUCCGCAAGUUCUGGUCCUGGUGGCUGCAUAAAUGGGAGCUCUACACGUUCUCGAGCGCGACCUGGGGCGGCACGCUCAACAACUCUUUCCUCGCGCACGGGCUCACGCUCGGGAGUGUGCCGACGCUCAGUUUCUCGUUUAUGGAUUACGCGGUCGGGAUCAAGAUGGGCGGGCCGGGGAGGAUCUCGGAUUUGACGGCCGAGGCUAUAAAAGCGAUUGUGAAGCGCGAGGAACGGAACGGCAUGGUCGAUCUUGUGAUUACUCGCAUGAGCACAUUCUCUGUCGUCGCGCCCGGGGGCAGUUUACUAAAGUCGUCGGCCACAAGCGGGCCGCAGAUGCUCAACGGAGACCAGGCCUCGAUUAACGGCGACGCUGAGUCACUCUACUCCCGCGGCGACGACGCGGCGUCGAUAAUGUCCUCUCGCUCGCGGCGGUCGCGGUUCUUUGAUCGCCGGACAGAGUCGCUGGCGGGACAAUCAGAGUACACCGCGACGUCAGAGUACUCCGACAACGACGCGGUCGCUGCCGCGACGCUUAUCGACGAGCAGUACGCGCUCGAAGAGGAGAUGCGCAACGGCUGCGUGUUUCAGGGAGCAGGGUAUAUCUCGCGCACGAGUAUUGCCGAGUACAGUCGCUGGAUCAUCGACAACCAUAUCUUUCCGUCGCCCGCGGCGGUCGAGGGCGUGCGCUGGAGUCUGUACUCGAACGUCGAGGACCCGCUGUGGCCGUUCUCGGCGCUGCUGUUUAGUUUUAGGUACGGAUACAAGCGGCCUGUGCCGCCGAAGAUUAAAAAGAAAAGCAGCAAGAAGAGUAAGAAGGACGGCAGCAAGAAGCGCGGGAGCGUGGCGAGUAUCGAGUCUGCGGCGGCGAAGGCAGGGAGUACAGGGAACAGCAACAACAGCGCUGCGGCAAAGCAUCUUCUAGACUCGUCGCUCGGACUGCUGAGUAAAGUGACCUCUGCCUCGACCGCGUCGACGACGAUCGCGACGGUGCAGGAGAAGAUGCCGCCGCAUGAGAUCAGGGAUGAUUUGUCGGACGCAAAGUUUCUUGUUGGAUUGCAGGGGGGGUUGGAUAUGGACGCGAUGUUUGACGACGAGGAUGAGGAUGAAGAUGAGGAUGAGGACGGGGAGGAUGGAGAAGGGAGGGGAGGGCGGAGAGCGCCGCCGGAGAUUACGAUGAGGGAGGUGUAUAUGCUGCGGAAGCGCAAGAAAAACCGAGAGGUAAAGGCACAGCUGGCUCUUCCGGCUCCUCCCCCACCCCCCUCGUCAGAGAUGGUUAAAGAGGAGGUUGAAGAGGACCCUGUCGUGACGCCGGUAUCGCCUGGGAAAGCAGACGCGGACGGCGACGGCGAUACAACGAUCGGAGCAGACGCGUCGGUCGCGACUAUUGUCGUCGCCGACCAAGAAGCGCAGGCAGAAAGCAAGUCUACCUUAGCACCGCCUUCCACCCUCGCAGACUCAGUCUCAACCCUCGCCUCCACCACCUCCACAAUCGCCACCACCCAACCCUCCUCCUCGUCCUCGUCGAUGCAGCAAAAACACGAACGAUUAAUGCUAGUGAUUUACAAGCGCGCGCCAUUCGUCUUUUCCGCGUUUUUCGACCCGGAAAAGGGAAAGCAGGCGCUUGCAAAUCCGGCGUAUUAUCGCGGCCUGCAUCUUAGACUUGGUACGCUUGUCGAGCCUAUUUUCGAGGAUCUCGAGAAUGGGGGUUAAUGCGUGCUCUUUUUUACUCCACCUCGUUCUGCAUUUGGUAUCCUGCAUUUGCUUUUUUCUGCUGUAGUUUUGUAUCGCAGAUGUGUAUUGUAAUUGUUUUUGUUUGAAUGUUUGUUUGAUUGUUGUUUGUGUGCUAGUACGGCCAGGGUUGCAUCGAUCGGUCUUGGGAUUCGUUUAGUUGAGGGUUCGUUGUUUGAUUUUUGAAAUUGGUAGAUUGUUCUGGUUUUUUUAUAAAUAAUCCAACCUAUUAAAUAAGACAAAUAAAACACAUCAACUGCUGAUGAAUAAAUAGUAAUGAAAAAAAAAAAUAGGAAAAGAAACAAAAAAAAUAGAUUCUCCGGAGCGUGACUCGAACACGCGAUUUUCAGAUAAUCGAUAAACCAUUACAGUCUGACGCCUUACCAGCUUGGC